AUGUGGGUCAUGAAGUAACCGAAAUAUAUUAAAUGUAGGAACCUAUGCAUUUACAAUUAACUUUUGAAGAUCCUUGAGUUUGGGGAAUGGAAUCUGAAGAUUCUAGGAUGUUUAAAGGAGAUGUAAUAGAGGCUUAUUUAAAUAAAAAGAUUAUAAUUAAAUUAUGCUUCUUGA